GGCUGCCGAGCCGAGCGGCGGCACCGACUGAGCGGAGGCCUGGGUGAGCGCGGCCCGACGGACGCAGGCGGCCCGACAAACUGGGCGUUCGGGCGGAGGGACGCUGGGGCCUGACUCGGGGGCGGCUACACCUGCUGGAAUGGAUACAGCGAGUUUUAAAAGUUGGUCAGACUGAAGAGGUUGAAGUGAGAGAGCCACAGAAACAAAGGCAAGCAGACAGACGGUGAAAGGCCUACCAGCAGCUCAAUGGCCUCCCCAAAGAAGAAACUUCAGGGUCUUGUGGCUGCAACCAUCACGCCAAUGACUGAGAAUGGAGAAAUCAACUUUUCAGUAAUUGGUCAGUAUGUGGAUUAUCUUGUGAAAGAGCAGGGAGUGAAGAACAUCUUUGUGAAUGGCACAACAGGAGAAGGCCUGUCCCUGAGCGUCUCAGAGCGUCGCCAGGUUGCAGAGGAGUGGGUGACAAAAGGGAAGGACAAGCUGGAUCAGGUGGUAAUUCACGUAGGAGCACUGAGCUUGAAGGAGUCACAAGAGCUGGCCCAACAUGCAGCAGAAAUAGGAGCCGAUGGCAUUGCUGUCAUUGCACCGUUCUUCCUCAAGCCAUGGUCCAAAGAUGUCCUGAUUAAUUUCCUAAAGGAAGUGGCUGCUGCUGCCCCUGCUCUGCCAUUUUAUUACUAUCACAUUCCUGCCUUGACAGGAGUAAAGAUUCGUGCUGAGGAGUUGUUGGACGGGAUUCAAGAUAAGAUCCCUACCUUCCAAGGGCUGAAAUUCAGUGAUACAGAUCUCUUAGACUUCGGCCAAUGUGUUGAUCAGAAUCGCCAGCAACAAUUUGCUUUCCUUUUUGGAGUGGAUGAGCAACUGUUGAGUGCUCUGGUGAUGGGAGCAACUGGAGCAGUGGGCAGUACCUAUAACUACCUGGGAAGAAAGACAAGCCAGAUGUUGGAGGCUUUCGAAAGAAAGGACUUCUCUUUAGCCCUGAACUAUCAGUUUUGUAUCCAGAGAUUUAUCAAUUUUGUGGUUAAACUAGGUUUUGGAGUGUCACAGACCAAAGCCAUCAUGACUCUGGUCUCUGGGAUUCCAAUGGGCCCACCCCGGCUUCCACUGCAGAAAGCCUCCAGGGAGUUUACUGAUAGUGUUGAAGCUAAACUGAAGAGCCUGGAUUUCCUUUCUUUCUCUGAUCUAAAGGAUGGAAACUUGGAAGCUGGUAGCUAGUGCCUCUCUAUCAAAUCAGGGUGUGUACCUUGAGACAUAAUCUACCUUAAAUAGUGCAUUCUUUUCUCAGGGAAUUUUAGAUGAACUUAAAUAAACUCUCCUAGCAAAUGAAAUCUCACAUCAAUCAAAAAGCAUUUGGGUACCCAAUAUGAGCAUUAAAAAGCUGUGGUGUUUUUUUUUUUUUUUUUUUGAAAGGGCAAAAACUCUCAGAAUCACAACUGUCAGCAUUCAUUUCACAAAAUUUUUUGUGGAAAAAUUUCUGUUUAUAUGGAUGAAAUGGAAUCAAAAUUGUAAUUGAUUAAUUCCAUCUGUCUUUAGGAACUCUCAUCAUCUCAAUUUCUGGUUCCUAAUCCUAUUUUAAAGUUGUCUAAUUUUAAACCAGUAUAAUAUGUCUUCAUUUGAAUACUCAUUUGCAAUCUAGGAAAACACUGAGCUACUGCAUUUAGGCAGGCACUUUAAUACCAAACUAUAACAUGUCUCAGCUAUAUACAACUACAAAUACACUAGCUCAUUUGGCUGCUCUGUUUAACUCUAGAAUGGAUGCUUCUGAAUUCAUUUCGAAGUCACCACUUUCCCCUUUUGAAAAACACUGGGUCAGGUGAGGACUUGUUUCAAUUCCUUUAACUAAGGAAAGGGUAGCUUUCUUGUAACAAAGGAAGAGGUCUUCCCCAAAGAUGAAUUUAAGUCUCCACUUUUUGUUAUGCAGAAAACUCAAAACUCAAAGUUUCAGCAAACCAAAGGGCUCUUCCUCUAGGGGACCACAGAUUUCCCCUUCCUCCACUGAGAAGACUGUCUCUCCCACAGGACCCUGAAUCAUUGAAAUCAAAAGCCAAUUUCCUUUCUGCAGUAAGCCCAGGGGCUACUGUUAUUACCCUGUCACACUUUCAAGCAGUUACUUUUCUUUAGUGAUAGAAGAUUUGGGGAGGACCCAAAGGACUCAGCUUUCUCUCCACACCUCCUUUUUUACUCUUUUCUUUCUGUGUAAUAUAUCAACACCUGUUUAAUCUCCCUUCUAACAAACUUUGGUGUAAGCUUUCUGAUACCAAAGUGUAUUAACAGUUAAUCCUUAUUGAUUUUAAACUUGACUAUCCAGUCUGCUAAUUACCUACGAUUUUGUUUUCAUUUCAUCUCUAAUUGUUUUGAUCAUUGGCAGAGAAAGAGUAUUUGAAAUUCAUAUCCAUUUUGCUCCUUAUUUUAAUCUCUUUGAAUUAAAAACUUUUUCAAAAAGCAAAUUUGAAAUUGUAAGUGGACUUCAAUUAUCUUUGCUAAUCCUCUCUUUAAUUAAAAGUUGUUGUAUUUAUAUAUCCUUGACCCUCUUUUUUACCUUUGUAGCUGUUAAGAAGAAGAAAAUGAGUUUCUUGUUAGUUUUUGGUUCUGAGGAUGUGAUACCCUUACUUAAUGAUACUAAAGCCAAAUUAAUUUUUUAAAUUCUUGGGUAUCCAAUAAACAAAGAACUAUCUUUCUACUUUUGUUUUUGUGAAGCCAAUGCUUGGAGGAUUUUUAAGAUGAUUAAUGAGCUUUUGUGAACAUAAAGAGAAAUAUGCUUUUAAAAUGACCAGGUCUGAGUUUAGCUCUGUUGAUAUCUAGUAGCUUAGAAAUGAAUAUUAUAUAGCAGUAGGCUAUUAAUAGUGCAUUUAACAAGUAAAACUUUGGAAUACUAUGAA